ACCUCACACACACACUCUCUCUCAUUCCGCCCAUCCCCUCCACCUUCUUCCCGACCACGUGCUCUUCUUUCUUUUCUUCUCCUGCUCUACUCAAGCGCUACUUGUUUAGCUUGUUCUGAGCUCCGUGCGUCUGCCGCCAUCAUGUCCGAGUACAUUGGUGCUCGCAUAUCCCUCAUCUCCAAGAGCGACAUUCGAUAUGUCGGCACGCUCGUCAACAUCAACUCAGCAGAAUCCACUGUCUCGCUCGACAAUGUGCGAUCGUUCGGCACAGAAGGCCGUCGUGGCGGCACCGAUGAGUACGGGCCGUCAGAUGCAGUCUAUGAGCAGAUUGUGUUCCGUGGUAGCGACGUGAAGGACCUGCGCAUCGAGGAGACGCCCAAAGAGGAGCCUCCCGUGCCGCAAGACCCCGCCAUUAUCGGAGUACAACAGGCUCAGCGACAAGAAGGCCCUCAGCCUGACCAGCGCGCACAGCCGCCGAACCAAAACUUCCCCCCACCCCCACCUGGACAAUUCCCUCCUGGCGGUUACCCGCCGUUUGGGCACCCGCCACCGCCGUACAGCAAUAGGUUCGGACCGCAAGGCGGCUUUCCUGGCGGCCCUCCUGGACCUUUCCCACCAGGUGGCCCCCCUGGAGGGUUUGGCAUGCCGGGCCCAUAUGGUUAUGGAGCGCCUCCACCAGGAUGGGGCCCGCCAGGUCAGUUCAAUGGACCUCCGGGUCCGUUCCCUGGACAAGGUCCCAUCGGCCCACCUGGCCAGCAACAGCCUCAACAAAAUCAGAACCAGAAUCGGCCACCGACAGGACCUAAAGGUGCACCGGCUGGUCCUCCAGUCAACAAGGAGGAAAAGCCUAAUGCCCAACCCAAGGUGGCGGAAGCAGACGGCAGCGCGAAGCCCACAGAGCAAAAACCCAAUGCGAAGCCUUCAAGCGCCACUCCCACCCCCUCUGCCUCUGUUGCAAAGCAGGCCCCUCCCCCUCCCGUUGACUCAAAACCGCCCGUUGCAGCAGCUCUUGCUCCUCCUGCACAGCCUGCUGUAGUACCAAAGGCUGUACCGACUGGACCCAAGAGCGGCCGCAUCGCCCCCGCCGUGCCUCUUGUCAGCCCUGGCCAGAGGAACGUCGCGCCCCAAGCUCAACCUGUUGCUGCAGCAGCCGCAGUACAGGGCCAGGCAAGCGCUGGUCCCGCCCAGAACUAUCACAACGCCACCCAGGCUGCGACCGCUGCCGUAGCCGCGGCUAUGGCAAAGCUUGAGGUCGGAAGAAAUCCCGCGCCGUCUACAGCACAGCCGAUGAACGCAAAUCUUCAGCAACGGAUCGACGAGAUGCGAGAUGAGCAGGCUCGAAGGGGCGGACCGGCUCAUCGCGGAGGCGGCCGAGGAGGUCGCGGCGGUCGAGGUGGCAGUGCUCAACACGCGAAGCUGGAGAUCCCUGCCACAGACUUCGACUUCGCAUCCGCUAAUGCCAAGUUCAACAAGAUGGAUUCCGUCAAGGAGGCUAUCGCAUCAGGCUCACCACUUGGUGAGGGCGUAGCAUCGCCUCCUGUCGUCGAAGCUGCUACCAACGGCCAUGCGGCGGAAUCUAGCACUGAAAAUGUCGUUAUUCCUCCCCCUGCGGCGUACAACAAGUCGUCAAGCUUCUUCGAUAAUAUAUCCAGCGAGCUCAAGGAUCGCGAGGACUCUGCCGCCAACCGUGGCCAGCAAUUCCGAACCCAGGAGAGGGCCAAGAACAUGGAGACGUUUGGCCAAGGCAGUGUCGAUGGCUUCCGGGGCGGAUACCGUGGACGCGGUCGUGGCCGUGGCCGGGGUCGCGGACGCGGUUUCAACGCUGGCGGCGGCGGCGGCGGCUUCCGAGGCGGUCGCGGUCGAGGCGGACAGUUUGGUGAGCAGCAGGCUUAGUCGGCCGACCAGUGGCAGGUCGUCUGCGAACCUCCACCGCACUUUCUUAUCGAAACUGGUUUAUUCGUCCACAAGGUGCAGUGUCCGCAUCCAUCGCGUCUCACGGACGGACGUGGUCCUGCCGAUGACGUUCGCGAGGUUCUUCUCACAUUGAGCCGGGUCCUUGGGACAGCUUCACGGUCAUGAAAAAUGGGCAUAGGUUUCUACGAUAUGAUGUAUUGUUUUUCAGCGAUGGGGAAUUGGAUUUGGGAGUCGUUGCUUGUGGCGCUCUGUACUAGUAUGGAUUGAGCGAUGGGCGCGGUCUUGCGUCGGACUGUAUAGCUUAUGGAGAGGAUGAUAUCCCGGUGACGAACCAGUAUGGAGUCGCAACGUGCCGACUGGUAACGCCUUGCGAAUGAAAGCAACGAUCAUUGAAAUCACAUUGGAU